GUCAUUAAAGAUUUUAUUUGGUAAUUUAUGUGUGGAAAAAUUAUGAAUAUUUGUUGUUGCUGUUGGUUCUAUUAAAAAGUUAUGUCAUAUCUUGUUUCAACUUUGACCUGGAUGAUGAAGUCAUCAUGGUUUUUUGAAUUAAGUAGAGAACAAUUUUCAUUUACACAUUCCUCUUAUGUUUGAUUUUCCUUUUUUAAAACUUAUUUGGAUGUCGUACAACCGUUACAUAGAUACACAUUUGCCGUGUUGCGUGGAUACAAAUUAGUCAGUUUUUGGCAGGGUUUCAUAGAUAUACAUUUGUCAUGCUGCUUGGUUACAAGUUAGUCGGGUUUUGGGGUUGAAUAGAUAUACAUUUGUCAUGUUCUGGUGGUACAAAUUAGUCAGUUAUUUGGUGGGCUUACAUAGAUAUGCAUUUGUCGUGUUGCCUGGAUACAAAUUAGUUGGUUUUUUUGGUGUGGUAACAUAGAUACACAUUUGAUCCUUACUUCCGUAGCGUGGAUAAAAGUUAGUUGUGAUUUUUGGUGGGGUUUUAUAGUUACACAUUUGGCAUGAUGCAUUAACACAUUUGUUUCUUUUGGACGUGGACAUACAUCGGUCGUGUUGCAGAGAUACAACUGAUUUGUUCUUUUGUUUUUGGCUAGGGGAAGGAGUGCAUAAAUGCACAUUUGAGUUGUUGUGCAGAUAUAGAUAGAUGUUCUUUUUUUUUUUUGAACGACUUAUUUAAUCCAGGGAAUAUGACAAAUGGUGCCUCCAAACAAAAGAAGGAAUGACUAAUCUCUAUCUUUGCAACACGACAAAUGUGUAUUGAAGUCAUGGUUGUAUUGUAUUCAAGAAUUUGUUUGACACGCUGUUCAUCUUCUUUUAAUCUUGCUAACUAAGCGACACGUCUAUUAGUUUUGUCCCAGCAUCAAUUUGUGAAAUCUAAUUCGAUCUAACCCCAGUUACUGUAAUUCAGAAUAAAUUUGAAUAGGUUCAGUUUACUGGCAUGUUCAAUUCAUCAUUUAUUGCUAAAUCUAACCUGGAUUUAAUGAUGGUUUUGCCAUAAUAUUUUCUAUAUUGAUCAAGAUAGAUAGGAAUUUGCUUCCUAGAUUAAAUAGAAUACCUUGUUUUUAUAAUAAACUUUCUUAUAAGUAUUUUUCAUAUGCCCCUAUUACUGUUAUUACAUUGACCAUUCACAUCAGGAAACUUUAAGGUGUUGGACCUGACGGAUGUUGUCGUGCGAGUAAGCCUCACGAGUCAAAAUUGAAGUGGUAGUAACAGCAGUGGUGUCUGUGCAAUGGCAGAGUCUCAGCUCUUUUGGUUAAAGAGAAGGGUAGAAAUAGAAGGAAUUUUGUAUCCGAUGUCACAAAUUAAUUGGGUUCAAUAAUGGAGUGGUCUGAAGACACUAUGAAGGAUCAGGACAAAGAAGAACUACAAGGGUCCGAUUGGGAUAAUCUUGUGGCCUGUCAUAUUGAAGAACUAUUGACAAAAAAUUUAAGUGCAACAUUGUGCAGUGCAGUGAAGAAGAUUGUUGAAAGUGGGUACACUAAAGAAGUUGCAGAGAGGGCCAUUUUAUAUAGCAGCCUGUUCAAUGGUAGUAAAGACACUGUAUUCAAUGUUGCCGACAGUGCUUUGACUAUACUAAGGAGGGAAAAGGAGAUGAGGAUUGCAAUGAAGUUUCCUGUAUUUGAGAGGUUGCAGAGCCUAGUAUACACUACUGAAGAUGAUUUGUGUGCUUCGAGAGGUUAGGCCUUCCUUGAGUGUAAAAGAAGCGAUGUGGCGCCUAUUAAUAAGUGAUUUGAACCUCGUGAAUGCAUGUGUAGCUUCCAAUGGGAAUACCAUGGAUGAGAAAGCAGUGGGUAAUAGGAAAGGCUUAUCAGUUACUUCCAAGAAAGAUAUGCUUCGACUGAAGCCGUUUCCAAGUGAGAAGAAUUAUGUAUGUCAUAUGUCAAAGGCAGAUUUUAUGGCCAAAUUUACUAACAUUGCGAUGAAGGGAGUAGUUCAUUCCAAAUCACCGACUCGUGCUGGAACUAGUACCUCUGCUUCAGAAGGUAUACAACAUUCUUCUUGCAAUUCGCCUUACCCUUUACCUCCCGAUGGUGGUUUGAAGGGCGGAGCCGAUGUUUCUGAUGCUCCUGAUGCUAACGAUUAUUACUCUCCAAUCCGGUUCGACGAAACUGUUUUUUUUUCUGUAUCAAUUAGUUUAGCAGUGUAUAAACAUCUUGCCCCUAAUGGAAUUAAAGCUUUGUGGAAGCAGGAGGAGAAGGAGAAAACAAAAGCUCAAAAUAAAAUUGAUUCCUUGAGGAGGAAGCUAGAGGAAGAAGAGGCUGCGAUGAAAAUAGAAGCAGAAAACAUAAAGCAAGCAGCUGAAAAGGAGAUGCAGAAAUGCGCAGAAGACGUUAAGAGGCUUCAGGAAAUGGUCAUGGAGCUGUGGAGUCUGAAAAUUCGAAGAUAGCAGCUUUCAACAUGGGCUUCCCGGAAUCACAGCUUCCUAAUGCGACGAAAAGGUUGGCCGUCUUUCACGACAACUUCAGUGAGGCUCCAGAUGUGAAACCAGAGAGGGAGUGUGUCAUGUGCUUGUCAAACGAGAUCGUUGUGGUUUUCAUCCCAUGUGCACAUCAGGUUCUUUGCGCUCAGUGCAACAUGAUCCAUGAGAAGCAAGGGAUGGCAGACUGCUCUUCUUGCAGGACGGCCAUCAAAAAGCGUGUCUCUGUUAGUUAUCGGCCUGAUUAGCACCUCAAUUGGUUGCAGUUGAUGCCCAUUUUUUGCGUUUAAUACAAACUACAGUUUGAAAGAGUUUAACUCAGAAAAAGGUUUAGAAUUCAUGGAUCAGAGAAAGGUUUACCAAGUAAUUUGCACACAGGGGCACUAAAAUGCGCAUCCAGGCACUAAAACGCACACCAGCACUUAUUCUUCUUCUUCUUCUUUUUUUAUUUUUUUUUUAUUUUUUAAUUUGUGUCUCAAAUCUGUAUGAAAAUCACACCUUAAAAGAAUUAAUACUAAAAUGGGAUAAGAGGUGUUUCAACUUUUAAA